UUGCGUCAACGGAACAGUCCUAGUUGAAUGCAGUAUCUAUGUAUGUCUCUGUCGAUUCCAAACAGCAGCCUAUUAGGCGCAAUCUUGUUUCUAAUUUGCGAGGUAUCUUAUUCGCCCCGCCUUUGGUGCAAAGCCAAUUGGUUAAAAAGUGGUUGGAUGAUUUGAUUGGCCUCAAGUCGAACAACAACUUCCGUAUCGCCAGUCUUGUUUUUGAUUGGAAUUAAUUUUUAUUUGAUGUUUUUUUUUGGAGGGGGGGGGGAGAUCUCGCAACACAAAACCUACAACCUCGGAGACACUCGCUUCUAUCAACGAUAAAAUGGCUUCGGAUUCUCCUCGCAGACUGAGUCGCUGUGCUGGAGGGGCAUUAGUGCGGGCACAAGCUGCAACGGAGCAGUCUUACAUGGAAAGUGUGGUCACCUUCUUGCAAGAUGUUGUCCCUCAGGCUUACUCUGGGGGUCUGCAAACUGAUGAAAAGGAGAAAGUCAUUUGGGUUCGUUUUGAGAAGGCCAACAUCAAUGACUCUGCCCGCAACCUUGAGUUUAUGGAGAUACACAGUGGCACUACUGAUCCCCCCCUCUGUCUCAUGAUUGGUUACGCUGAUGGGAUGCAGAUCUGGAGUGUUUCGAUGGCAGGGGAGGCCCAGGAGCUGUUCUCUGUGCGUCAUGGCCCAGUGAAAACUGCUCGCAUUUUACCAGCUCCACAUAUGAGUCCUUUGAAGUUUGACGCGUUUUCCGACAAGAGACCUUUGCUCGGAGUCUGCAAAAGCACAGGGUCCUCAGGAACAAGCCCCCCUUACUGUUGUGCUGACCUGUAUUCACUCAAGACAGGGGAACUAGUCAAAUCAAUUCAGUUCAAGACCCAGAUUUAUGAUCUUCACUGUAAUGAGCAUAUUCUUGCCAUCAGCCUACAAGAGAAGAUUGCUGCAUUUGACAGCUGCACCUUAACCAAGAAGUUUUUUGUGACAAGUUGUUAUCCCUGUCCUGGGCCAUAUCUCAAUCCAAUAGCACUGGGAAGUCGCUGGCUAGCUUAUGCUGAAAACAAGUUAAUCAGAUGUCACCAAUCUCGAGGAGGAGCUUGUGAUGAUAAUGCACAAUCUUAUACAGCGACAGUGAUCAAUGCUGCUAAGACUCUAAAGACGGGUCUAACCAUGGUUGGAAAGGUUGUGACCCAGUUGACUGGUACCCUCCCAGCAAGUGCAUCAGACGAUGAAGGCUCCCCUCACAACAUGAGUCGUCGUAGCCAUCAUAACGCCGGUGUGGUCACAGUCAUUGACACAGAUAGUGUUGGUGAAGGACAGGUCUUGGUGAGCGAGGACUCAGAAGGCGAGGGAUUGGUGGCUCAUUUUCCAGCUCAUGAGAAACCCAUAUCCUGCAUGCAAUUCAAUCCCAAUGGAAUGCUACUCGUGACUGCCGACACCCUUGGUCAUGAUUUCCACGUCUUCCAGAUCCUCACCCACCCAUGGACGUCUUCACAGAGUGCUGUCCACCAUCUGUAUACAUUACACCGUGGGGAGACUGAAGCAAAGGUCCAGGACAUGGUUUUCAGCCAGGACAGUCGUUGGGUCGCAAUCAGCACCCUUCGCGGUACUACCCAUGUAUUUCCGAUUAACCCCUACGGCGGUGCACCCUGUUGCCGCACGCAUAUGUCUCCACGGGUUGUCAACCGGAUGUCACGCUUCCAGAAGAGUGCUGGCCUGGAGGAAAUUGAGCAGGAGCUAAACAGAGUGACUAUGUCUGGAGGUUUAGGUGGAGGGAGCAUUGGAGGAGGUGCCUCUGUCCUAAGCGGAGGAGGAGCCAUCGGGGGUCGCUGUAGCCCCAUACCUGGUCUUUCCAGUAGCCCAUCAGGGUCUCCACAUCAUGCCAAGUUAAGCACCCAAGAAUUGUAUAACAACUUCACCAAUAACAGCAUGGCAAAUCCGUGGUUGUCUCCUCUACCCAGCCUCACUGUUGUGCUCCCUUUGGCUCAGAUCAAACAGCCUAUGACCCUUGGCACUAUCACUAAACGCACUGGCAAAAGUAAGCCACCCUCCCAGAUGUCCCCGAGCAAGUCCAGUGGAGGAGAGUUCUGUGUGGCAGCCAUCUUUGCCUCCUCCCGAUCAUGGUUCAUCACGAACCCCACCAUGAAAAGAGAGAAAGAUCAGCCAAGGCAAACUGUUAUCGACUCACUGUACAUCAUAAGCUGCUAUGGUAACUUGGUAGAGCAUGUUCUUGAACCUCGGCCAAUAAGCACCGCCCAAAAGAUAAGCGAAGACACCGCUUUGGAACUUUGUACCUCUCCAAGGGCAUGCUGGACUUUAGCAAGAACUCUGCAAUGGAUGGAGCUGCAGCCACCCUUCAACUCCAAGCAUCCAUUAGUUUUGGCCUCCAAUAAAGUGCAGUACUGUCAGUACCUUUUGGCAGGGAUGUCUCCAGGGAGCCCGAGCCCAAGAAAACGUCACGAGUCAUCAGAUAGUCUGGCAUCUGAUCACAUUGGGCAGGACGAUGAGGAGUGGCUUUCUCAGGUGGAGAUUGUAACUCAUACAGGUCCGCAUCGUCGGCUGUGGAUGGGACCCCAAUUUCAGUUUAAGACCAUUCAUCCCUCAGGCCAGACUACAGUCAUUUCAUCUUCCUCCUCAGUGCUUCAGUCUCAGAGCCCAUCUGAUGCACAGCAGCCUCUUCUGGAUUUUGACACAGAUGACCUGGACUUACAUAGCCUGAGGAUGCAGCCCUUGCGUUCGGAUCCUGUCAGCAUGCCUGGGUCAUCACGGCUGUUAGCUGAUCGUCAAGGACAGACUAACAUCAUGGAUGCAGGUCCAGCUCUUCAAGCAUGGCCAACGGACGCCUUGUUCCACGGAGAUUAUCAUCUCGGGGGAGACGGCUACGUGCAUCCAUGAUUCAUGAUAAACUACAAGACUUGGAAGCUACUGUAUAACUGCACAUAGGCGCAUACGCAGUAAAUCAAAAUGGUGACCGUAAAACAAGGGAAAUAUGGCAGGGCAGCAACUUGUCGUGGUAUGUUAUUCUUUGAUUCGUUUUCAUUUGUAUCCAACAUUUCUGACUCAGCAUUUGUGAGUUUUUUUGCCACACUUGCAACUGAACUUGAAUUAGCACUGGUUUGUUCUUACUCCUUGUCGAUUGUGAUACCUUUACUCCUGUCCUCUGUUGGUUAUUGCUGGGGUUUUCUUUACUGCUGCUGUUUUCGUUUACCCAUGACUCAGAUUGAUUUUCCAAAACCUUUAUAGAGUACACCCUCUUACAAGUGGGUAUGUGGCUGUGUCUCAUUCAAACUGUCAUGAUCGUGAUUUCAUUUAGUAUCGUGGACUCCCCGCUAUUUGCGGGGGAUAGGGACCGUGAAUAGCUAAAAUCUGCGUAUCAUUGAAAAAAAGAAAAAAUAAUCUUUAAUAAGAAGAGUUAAACCACCAGUAAGUGUUUUUUGGGGACUGCCCCCCCCCAAAAAAAAAAAUAAAGAAAAGGAAGAAAAUAAACAUUUUGAAAAAGAAAAUUCUGUGAAUAGGUGAAUCCACAGGUGCCAAACUGCGAGUAUGCGGGGGUCCACUGUAUUUCGAUUUUACUGUGUAACAGAUUAUGUACUUUUGCCUUUGGGUUAUAUGGAAUUUUGUGUUCCUGUGUGCUUGUUGCGUCUUUGCUUUCCUGUGUAAAAAACAAUCAGCUCUCUCCAGCCACUUGUGUCUUGUUCAGGUGUGCCUUGUAGUCUCGUCAUUUCGUUUGUAUUUAGUUUCCUGGUUUCUUUCAGUCAAUUCAUUCCCGUAUGUCGUGUCUGUCUCACAUUAUGUCAUCUCAUGUAAUGUUGCCUGUCGUGGAGAGUUUAAAGUUUUUGCACUUUUUAAGUCUAAGCAUUAAGUCUAAAUGCUGCUGCUCAAGUACCUUUUGUUUUGACUUUUUGUUAAUAAAUACCUUUUUGGUUAUAGCCUGCACUCCUGCCUUUCCACCCUUGCUUCCCUGCACUUCCCUUUGCCUCCACACUAAUACCACAUCCAGGUAGAAGUUCUGAUGUUCGACUGGGCCUUUACGUUUUUGUUUGUUUACAGAGUAUUAUGAUCAUAUAGCCACUCCGUUAUGCCAUGUGCACAAUAUAAUGAUAUCCAACACAGAAACAAUACUAUUAGACAAUAAUGUUCAGUUUUCAUUAACAGUUUUAGAGAGGUGUUAAUUUAACAAUACAGUGGAUAUAAAGAGUUCCAAAACGUUUGUGCCUCAUCUCUGCACUUCUUUGCAAAAUCCAAUCUGGCCUUCCGAUUCUUUUUGCUGAUGACUGGUUUGCAUCUUGUGGUAUGGCCUGUAUAUUUCUUCUCGCUAAGACCUCUUCGAACGGUGGAUUGUGAUACCUUCCCCCUGCACUGUGGAGGUUGGCAGUAAUGUCACUGACUGUUGUCUUUGGGUGUUUCUUCACAGCUCUCACAAUGUUACUAUCAUCAACUGCUGUUGAUGCCCUUGGCCGACUUGUUAGAUGUCUGUUGCCUAGUACACCAGUAGUUUCUUUCCUUUUCAGGACAGUCCAAAUUGUUGUAUUGGCUAUGACCAAAGUUUGUAGAAUAGUCUGAUCCAUUUUCCCUCUUCUCUCAGCUUCAAAAUGUUUAGCUUUUCUACUAUAGACAAUUCUCUGGUCUUAAUGUUUGCUUAACAGCAAAUGCAUGUUUCACAAGUGAAACCUGAAGCCAAAAACAAGCACUAUCUAAUGUUUAAGCAAUCAGUCUAAAAGGCAACACCUGAGCAACUAGAAACACCCAUCAGUCACAUGUUCCAAUAGUUUUGCUCACUUGAAAAGUGGGUGGCUUCAAACAAAAGGUGCGCUGUCCUGAGUUGUAUAACACAUCUAGAUGUAAAUACCGUGAAAUAAAAGCUGGAAUUCUAAA